CAUAACUUCACAACGGCAUGGAUUUAGAAGCUGCGCUUGAAGCCUGUGACAGAGCAGAUGCAGCUGGUGAAAUUUCUUAUACCAAAAUUGCUGACCAAAGCUUAGUGUCGCGAUCUACGCUGUCGCAGCAGCACCAACGCGUAUGCGCGUCGCGUGAAGAAGGCAACUCCACACGUCAAAAGCUCAACCCACAACAAGAGUAUGAGCUUGUUAGUUAUAUAAAUAAGCUUACAGAGCAAGGGCUACCACCUACAAGGCAAAUGGUGCAAAACUUUGCGUCAGAAAUGGCCCAACAGUACGUUGGAGAUAGCUAGGUUACUAGGUUCCUGCACUGUCACCCCAAUGAGCUCCUAUACAAAUGGACCUCCGCCAUAGACGCCUCACGUCACAACGCCGACGAUAGCGAAAAGUACUCAUACUAUUUUAACCUACUACGUUCCAAGAUCAACCAAUACUCUAUCAAGCCACAGCACACGUACAAUAUAGAUGAGAAGGGCCUAGCGAUUGGAUUGGUGAAUAGGAGCAAAAGGGUGUUUAGUAAGGCAGCUUGGGAAGCCAGAGGCAAACGCCAAAGCUUGCAGGAUGGCAAUAGAGAGUGGGUAACAAUUCUCGCAGCUAUCUGCGCUGACAGUUCAACGUUGCCACCAGCCAUCAUAUAUGCAGGCCAGCCAAACAGUCUACAAUCCUCCUGGAUGGAGGACCUGGACGCAGGCAAAGACUCUAUAUACUCUACUGCAACGCCCUCUGGCUGGUCCAACAACAAGGUUGGUCUUGCCUGGCUUGAACAGGUGUUUGAGCGGGAAACUGCGAGUAAAACUCACAGUAGUUGGCGCCUACUCAUACUUGACGGCCACAGCUCUCACAUAACGAUGGCUUUUAUCGACUAUUGUAGUCGCCACAAGAUUCUACUACUUAUCUAUCCACCUCACAGUACCCAGACGUUGCAGCUGCUUGAUGUGGGUUGCUUCUCACCUUUUGGCAACAACUACUCCAAAGAAGUCACUGAACAACUCCACCAGAGCCAGGCCUUGACUAGCAUCAAAAAGCGUCAUUUCUACAAGCUUUUCCAAGCCUCCUGGUACAAAAUGUUCAACAGCAAGCUUGUGCUGGCUGCGUUCAAAGCCACGGGCAUCUCACCACUAAACCCAGCUAUUAUACUUGACAGGUUUCAGAACAAGCCAAGCGAGCUUCCGCGAACUCCAUCUCCAUUACUUGACGUCAAUAGGGUCGCGAUAGAACAGUUUUGCAAGGCAAUAGUGAAGGACUCUACAAGUUAUGAGGCAAGGAAGCUGGUUUGCACGUUCAACUACUUAGCAGCUCGCAACGCCCUUCUGGAGGUAGAAAACAAAGGCCUCCACAACCAAAUUGACACCCGGAAGACCUCUCGGAGGUACCACCAAGCCCUACUGUUACAGGCCUCCAAGUCCUAUACUUCCAACGCGAUGUUGUGGUCUCCAACAAAGGUGGAUGAAGCCCAAGCUCAACUAUGUCAAAAUACCCGCCAACAGGCUGAGGAAGCUGCUGCAAAGGCUCGCAAAAAGGCAGAGGCAGCUGAGAAGAAGGUUCAAGAUGAGCGGGAGAAGGAGCAGCGGAAGGUGGAACAAGCGAGGGCAAAGGAAGAGAAAGCCCUCAGGAAGGCUGCUGAGAAGGCCAAGAAACAACGAAAAAAACAAGAGAGCGACGCUGCCAAAUCUAUCCAACUAUCCCAAACAGGCAAGCGCAAGGCCUCACAGAAGCCACCUACAGAACCUCCAGCCAAAAAACAGCGUGCGCGUGGCGCUACUCAGGUUGUAGUUGAGGCGUCACCUUCCCCAACACCUCCACCAAUUACUACACGCAGCAGCCGCACCACGCGACCAAAUAGAAAAUGGGAGCAGGACAAGCAUCAUAGGUGUUAGUAGACUGUUACAACAAAAAAAUCUCAAUAUAAUAGCUUUUG